AGUAGCAUCAUGCACUCCAAAAGAUAAAGUUAAACAGUACCCUAGUGUGAACAAGAGAACCAUUUUCAACAAAGUUAAACAAAAAACAAAGAUUCGUACAGUUUCCUACAUACACAUACCAUUAUUUAACUACAUAACCAGCAGAAUCAGAUCUUAUUGUAAACAAAUUGAAAACAAAAUGGCGUCAUUGGGUGGCUUCUUUGUGUGUCUGUUGGUUAUCGGUUUGGAUAUUGCGGCUGGAAUGUGUGGUAUUGAAGCAGAGAUUGCUCAAAAUAAGGUUAAACAUUUAAGGAUGUGGAUAUUUGAGUGUAGAAACCCAAGUCAUGAAGCGUACUUGUUAGGGUUGGGUGCGGCAGGAUUAUUGUUAUUGGCUCACAUUAUAGUCAAUGUAGUGGCUGCUUCUAUGUGUCUUUGCUCCCAACAACCACAUCACAAGGCGUCCUCCAACACCCAAUUAACCACCGCUUGCCUUCUCUUCUCCUGGCUUAUAUUAGUGGUAGGAAUAUCGAUGCUGGGAAUCGGAAUACUCGCAAAUCAGAAAGCAAAGGCGUCAUGUGGCGUUACUCACCAUCACAUGCUAUCGAUCGGUGGCAUAUUAUGUUUUGUACAUGCUUUAUUUUCUAUUGCUUUUUAUGUUUCAGCCACUUCCCAUACAAAUUAGACUUACAAAUACUCUGUCUUUCCACUUGUCCAAGUUUUUAAUUUCCUCUUUUGUAGAAUGAUAAUAAUGUUUUGAAUUGCUUUCCUCAAUUUAGUUGUACUUAUCUUGGGUAAGUAGAGUUUAACAUGGUAUUGGUUUUACCUAAAAAUCUAGAAUUAUAUGCAUUGUACAAAUGAAUAGACGAUAUGAGAUAUGUGUUGACAUUUUUCGCUAUUUCUUUUUUAAUUAAGCGAUAUU